AUGAACAGCAACUGGGCCGACUUGACCAAGAUCACCUUCAAUACGCGCGGGGCGAACUUCGCCGGCCAGUUACAGGGCUCGGCCAGUAAUGGGCGCUACCUGUCCUUCACCUUCUCCACGACGGGCUACCAGAACAUCAACCUCGAUCUCGACUACCGCUUCCUGAGCGGCGGCUUCGGCACCUUUGAAGUGCUCACCACCACCGACGGUACCAACUUUGUCUCGCGCUCGACCUACACCACCGCCUUGACCACAUUCGAGGCGGUCAGCAUCGACCUCUCCGCCCGGACCGAGCUCAACAACGCGGCCUCGGUCGAGGUGCGGCUGGUGUUCAGCGGCGCCACCACCACCAACGGCUUGUCGCGGAUCGAUGAUGUCCUCUUCUCCGGCAGUGUCAUCCCGUCUACCUCGCCCACGCCGUCGCCCACGCCCUCCACCACGCCCUCCAACACGCCGUCCAACUCACCGUCGCCCUCGAGCUCGCCGUCGCACUCGCCCAGCCCGUCGCCGUCGCCCGUUAUCAGCUUCGUGCAAUGGACCUACUCUGAGGCCACGGCGGUCGACGCUGCUCAAAUACCGCUCCCGCUCGCCGCCUCGGUCGGCCCCGGCAACAUGACCAGCGACUGGGCCGACCCGACCCGGAUCACCUACAACUCGCGCAACGCGGGGGGCUUCGCGUGUGAUUUCAAGGGUCAGGCGAGCAACGGGCGCUACCUGGCCUUCACCAUCGACUCGACGGGCUACCAGCGCGUCGUACUCAGCCUCGAAUACAGAUACACGUCGCUCAACGGCUUCGACACGUUCGACGUGCAAACCUCGACCGACGGCACCAACUACGCCACUCGUUUCAGCUACACCGCGGCCGAGGCCGGCUUUGUUGGGGUCACUGUAGAUCUGAGGGCCCGCAGCGAGCUCGACAACACAGCCUCGGCCGAGGUGCGGCUGGUCUUUAGCGGCGCCACCACCACCAACGGCGGUUCGCGGAUCGACAGUGUCGUGUUCGGCGGCGAAGCCCUCCCGUCCCCGUCGCCCAGCCCCUCGCCCAGCCCGUCGGUCACCCCGUCGCCCUCCAACUCGCCCUCGAACACGCCGUCCCCGUCGUCGUCCAACACGCCCUCCCCCUCGCCCACGCCGUCGCCCUCUAAUACGCCGUCGCCUUCAAGCACGCCGUCGCCGUCCAACACGCCGUCGCCGUCCAACACGGCUUCGCCUUCAACCACCCCGUCGCCAUCAAACACUCCGUCGCCUUCCAACACACCGUCGCCGUCCAACACGCCUUCGCCGUCCACCACUCCAUCGCCGUCCAACUCGCCGUCACCUUCCAAUACGCCCUCACCGUCAAACACCCCUUCGCCGUCCAACACGCCGUCGCCGUCCACCACUCAAUCGCCGUCCAACACGCCCUCUCCUUCAACCACACCGUCGCCGUCGAACACUCCCUCGCCUUCGUCCACCAAUUCGCCGCCGAACUCGCCCUCGCCGUCCAACACGCCCUCGCCUUCGUCCACCAAUUCGCCCGUGCCCUCCAUCACGCAGUCACCCGCGAACUCGCCCACAUCGUCGCCCUCUAGCAUGCACUCGCCUUCGAGCUCACCCACACCUUCGUCCACCACAUCGCCUACGUCGUCGCCCAGCCAGACGCCCACCACGAGCCCCAGCAUCUGCCUGGCCACCACCCUGCGCACCAUCACCACCGACGAGGCCAACGCUCGUCAGUAUGUCAGGAAUUUCCUCUUCUUGGGCCUCAGCGGCGUCGCGCCGGCAUACGUCGAGAGCCAGAGCCAGCCGGACAGGUUGGCCGCCUGCCGAUACGAGGCCGACGGCGUACCGCUCGCGACAGGCUUCGCCGGGCGCAAGGCCAGCGCCGAAGACCCCACCACCAUCCGCACGCGGUUGAGCGUGGCCAGCGUGCCGUGUCCAGUGGUGUCGAGCUACGUCGAGCUGAACUUCACCGGGUCGGCGGUCGACGCGGUGCUCCAUUGGCGCGAGGUGAGCGUCGACGUGCUGGGAACGACCACACACUUUGGCGUGGGUGUGUGGAACCAGCCGGGCGGCGACGGGGCGGCCACGUUGGUUGUGUCGCUGGUGCGGGUGGGAAACAACUUGGGGGCCUGUCCACCCAACAAUCUGCCCGACUUCUACUAA